AUGCCGGACGAAGCCACAGAAAACGCCGGCUCCACCUCCGCUCGCGUCUCCUCUUUCUUCAUCGAGGACCUGCUGGGCACCGAGGGCAAGGCGGGAGGCGGCGGGAGUCGGCAGGCGGCGGUGGGAGGCGGUGGUGGGCGCGGGGAUCCACGCUCCCCGCUGCGACUCGGAGCCCCGGGCUGUCCCCUGCGCGACGCUGCCGUCGGCUGGUACCGCCGAGCACACGCCGCUUUCCUGGGCUGCGCCAGUCCCGAUACCAGCGACCGGGACUCCCCCGAGCUGCCCGAGGAACCGGCGGAGCGGGCGGGCAGCGGCGGGCGGGCGGCGGUGCGGGGAUCGACGGGCGGCCGUGCGGGGCCUGGAGGCCGUGAAGAGGAGGAAGAACGAGGCGAGGAGCCGGGAGAACCGGAGCAACGCGCAGCCGGUCGCAAGAAGAAGACGCGCACGGUGUUCAGCCGCAGCCAGGUCUUCCAGUUGGAGUCCACCUUCGACGUGAAGCGCUACCUGAGCAGCUCGGAGAGGGCAGGGCUGGCCGCCUCGCUGCACCUCACCGAGACCCAGGUGAAAAUCUGGUUCCAGAACCGCCGCAACAAGUGGAAGCGGCAAUUGGCCGCCGACCUGGAGGCUGCCAACCUGUCCCACGCUGCCCAAAGGAUAGUGAGGGUCCCCAUUUUGUACCACGAGAACUCGCCAGCGAGCGCCUUGGGCUUCACCCUGCCCCACAUGUCACCCCCCUUGGUGGGCUUCUCCAGCGGCGUCAGCUACCCCCUGGGCACCUUCCCCGCCGCUUCCCUCCCGUUUCUACGGUCGCAGAUGACAGGACUCGUCUGA